GGGUGAAUUGUGCACAUGUCUGAAUACGAUCAGGGAGAAUAGUUGAGAACAUCCGACAGAAAGUUGUUGGGGCAUUUUAUAUAUCUCACCUGGCGAUGCACUCAUUGUCAAAUUCCAUUCUGGUUGCAGAACAGCUUUAUUUUGCUCCUUUAUAUAUCUGCUGUCUUUUACUAGGCUAUGGCAAGGGAACAAAUUUCACGUGCAACUUGUUCUUGGCUUUCAAGAAAAGGUGAUCAGUGAGCUGCUGGUUUUUAGAGUUCUAGAAGUGAGAAAGAAACUAAAUAAAGAAAGAAAAGUAGAUUCCCUUUUCUUUUGCAUUUUGAUGCGCAUAAGAGGCUAAUGGAAGGUGAAAAAGGCAAUGACUUGAAGCCACAUGGAGGUGAUAUUGCAAUUGCAAUCUUAGGCAGUUCACAAGCAUCUGAGACCAGCCUGCAAGGUGGCUACCCUAGACAUUCAGCAACACCUGAAUCUGGAGCACAUUCCCUCUCAAAUGCUUCUGUUCAGGACAAGGCAUCAGAUGGGAAUUCAACAAAUUCUCAGAAUCUGAGGCGCAGGCUUUCUUCAAGGAUCAGUGAGUCUGAUUCAACACUUAGUGAACUCCAGCUUGGAAACCUAUCAAUGAAGAAGUCCAAAUUUUCACAGACCAAAUCAAGAGUGCUGGAAGUGGAAGAAUCAAAUCCUACCAGCUCGACUUUGUUUGGCCAAGGCAGCGAAUUGAGGGCUACUAGCUCGACUGCCAGGCGCUUACUUUCCGAGAAGAUUAAUUCUAUGAGAGCUGGUAACCUGCCACCAGCAGAAGCCAAUGGUGACGAGGAUGAUGACAAGAGUGAUGAUACAGAUGAUGAUGAAGUGGAGAAGGAGCAGCAUAAGGGCGAUCAGAAAAAUGCACGUACUCAAAGGUUUAAGAAAAUAGGUAAGAAUCUGAAAGCCAUGGAUGUUAUUGUUGAAUGGAUACUGUUUAUAUGUGCAAUGGCUAUGAUGGUUGCUGGCUUAUAUGCUCCCAAUCUGAAGACUAGUAUACUAUGGGGUUUAGAACUUUGGAAAUGGUGUUUGCUGGUUGCCGUGAUAUUCUGCGGUCGUUUGGUAACCAAGUGGGCUAAGGAUGCCAUUGUUUUCGUGAUCGAAACCAAAUUCUUGUUCAAUGAGAGAGUCGUGUAUUUCCUACAUGGUGUGAAGCAGAGCGUGCGGGUUGUGAUUUGGUUGGGUUUAGUUCUUUUGGCAUGGGUUCUGUUGAUUGAUAGAGGUGUAAAUCGGUCAAAGGAGACCACCAAGAUUCUGAACUAUAUCACUAAGGCUGUUGUUUCAUCUCUUAUUGGGGCAGUCAUGUGGAUGGUGAAGACUCUACUGGUAAAGCUCAUAGCUGCUUCUUUUCAUGUGAAGACAUUCUUUGAGAAAAUUCGAGAGGCCAUCUCUGAUGAGUGUGUUCUUUUGAUGCUGUCCGUGCCGCCGAUGCCGAAAGUAGAAGAAAAUGGAGACAAUUCUCGGCCAAGUGGUAAAUUUUGUUGUUUCAGACCUCCAAAAUGGUGGAGAAAUAAAGAGAAUAAGGAGGAAAUUGAGGUAGAAGAUCACAAAAAGGUGGUGCAGGAAAAGACUAAUCAUGUACAGAAGAAAGAGGAGAUAACAUUAAAGAAGCUAGGAAGGAUGAAAGCUGGGAAAAUGCCUGCUUCAACCAUGAAAAACUUGAUUGAUAGGAUAAGGAGCUCAAAGUUAUCUAUUGUUUCAAGUGCCCUUGAUGGGAGCCUCGAUGAUCUAGGCGAACAGAGGGAUAUUACCAGCAGAUCUGAGGCAGAAGAAGCUGCUUCCCUAAUAUUCAACAAUGUUAGAAGGCGUGGCCGCGAGUACAUCAAAAAGAGUGAUCUUUUACCUUUUAUGAAUAAGGAGAAUGGAACCUGUCUGCUCGCUUGGUUUGAGAAAGUGGCGGAACAAGGGAAGAUAUCUAAGGAGUCUUUAACUGAUUGGGCGGUAAACAUCUACAAGCAAAGGGAAUAUUUGUCACAUUCAUUGAAAGACGCCAAAACAGCUAUUGAAGAGCUGAACAGAAUUCUGUCUGGAGUCGUUCUUGUCUUGAUUGUUGUUGUGUGGUUACUUCUGAUGGGAUUCGCAACAACCAAAGUACUCGUAUUUUUGUCAUCCCAAAUCUUACUCGUCGUGUUUAUAUUUGGCAACACCUGCCGGACUGUAUUUGAGGCCAUGAUUUUUGUAUUUGUCAUGCACCCCUUCGAUGUCGGCGAUCGUUGUGUCAUUGAUGGCGUUCAGAUGAUUGUCGAGGAGAUGGAUAUCUUGAAAACAGCAUUUUAUAGAUAUGACAAUGAAAUGAUUUACUAUCCUAAUGCUGCUUUGGCUACUAAAUCCAUCGGCAAUUUUAAUCGAAGCCCCGAUAAGAUGGGGGAUACUGUGAAUUUUGACGUUGAUGUUUCUACUUCAUUUGAAAGUAUUGAAGCUCUCAAAGCAAAAAUAAAAGAGUACAUAGAUGGUAAUCCUCAUCAUUGGCACCCAGAUCAUAGCGUGCAGAUUAAAGAGAUUGAGCAAAUGAACAAGAUGAAAAUGGCUCUUUUUGUCAAUCACAAAAUGAACUUUCAAGAUUUCCUGCAGAAGAUGAAUCGUCGGACUGAGCUUAUGCUAGCACUCAAGAAGAUUUUUGAAGAUGUUGGUAUCAAAUAUCAUCUUCUCCCUCAAGAACUGCAUAUCAGUUACAUUGGAUCUGCAGUGGCAACUUCUGCAUCUGUUAUGCAGACGAGAUGAGUUCUCAGAGAUGAAGACAGCCGACGCCUAUCUUGUAGUAGAGUACUAUGUAUGACUAGAAUGUAUGCAUAUUCCAGUCAUCAAAACUGCUACUAAAGCACUUAUCCAAUUGUAAUAUACUAGUAAUAAUUAAAAAUGCUGGUAGGCAGGUAGCUAUGGCCUUUGGGCAAUAAACCAAUGUAGACCCGAGUCUGAGCGAAUGCAAGCAGUAAAACAGACACCGGGCAGAGUGUGUUUGCUUGAGUUUUGAAGCUCAUGGUUCCUUUUUAAUACUAGUCAUAUAAAGUUAGAAGUUCUCAACAUUGGAUUUACAUAAGGAUGGGAAUACCGGCUUGAAUGUAUAAAAGAAUGUCGUCUGAUGCUUCUCCAUAA